AUGCGUGUCCCGAAGCUGGAGCAGCAAGCCUGGUGUGAGGACGAGACCGCCACGCCGAACAAGUCUGCUGGUGCAUCUGGCCCGUCGUUAAAGUCCACCACUGCCAGAACUACAGCGGCGGCGGCCACGGAUCCCCAACACGAGCGAACCGCACUCGAGGCCUUGAUUGCCAGCCUGGAAAAGGACCGCGACGACGCCCUCGACGCCGCCGUGGCCGCCUACCUCGACCGCCUGCGCGGGCUGUCCCUCGCCGGGCCCGGAGGCGCGCCGGCGGCCGCGUACGACCGGCUCGUCGAGCAGUUUGAGCACGACCUGAGGGUCGUGGAUGAGCACCAGCGCAGGGUGGACACGUGGACGGGGUACCAGCAGCACAGCGGAGCGUAA